CUUUGAUAUCAAAACAUGAGACAACAAGCGCAAGUAUUAGCAACCACAAAGCAAUCAUCUCAAACUCAAACCUCUCAAAACAAACAAAAGACAAAACCUCGAUUAUUUCGAGUACAAACGUCACUUGUGGUUUAUAUCUUCUUCAUCAUCUCCAUAACUUCUCUCUCUCUCCCUCCUCUUCUCCUUCCUUUCGCCACCGUUAGGCGAUGGCUUCGGACACGUUGGAUAAGCUGAUUGUGUUCUUGGCCAAGAGAGACGGAAUAGACAAGCUCGUUAAGACAUUCCAAUAUGUGGCCAAGCUCGCGUGCUGGCACGUUGAAGCCACACGACCCGAAGCUGCCGAUAGGUUCAAGAAGUGGGAGGUCGCCUCCGGUCUCAGCCGCAAAGCCUUCAGGACAGGAAGAUCUCUCACGGGGUUUAAUGCGCUGAGACGAAGCCCCGGGGCCACCCCGGUGAUCCGUCUCCUAGCAGUCCUAGCCAAUUCAGGAGAAAUGGUUUACUUCUUCUUCGAUCAUUUUCUUUGGUUAUCAAGAAUUGGAUCAUUAGACGCCAAGCUCGCCAAGAAAAUGAGUUUCAUCUCCGCUUUUGGCGAAUCUUUCGGCUACACUUUCUUCAUCAUCAUUGAUUGCAUCUUCAUAAGGCAGAGACUCGACUCCUUGAAAAGACUUCGGUAUCCGUCCGAUGAAACGAAAGAUGAAAUCAACGCAAAAAUUAGCGAAAUCCGUGGCGAUAUAGUGAUGAGGUUGAUGGGAAUUUCAGCCAACAUUGCGGAUUUGAUUAUCGCAUUGGCGGAAAUUCAACCGAACCCGUUUUGUAACCACACGGUUACACUCGGUAUAAGCGGUUUAGUUUCGGCUUGGGCAGGUUGGUAUAGGAAUUGGCCUACCUCGUGAGAUGUAUAAUCAAAAAUCUAAGGAAUGUAUGUUGUUGUUUUGGAAUGAACAUAUCAAACGUGUAUAAUUUUCUUGAAAUAUAUGAAUACUUCUAUUUUUUACA